AUGGAGUCUCUUGAGUCUUUUAAAGAGCAGGAAGAAAAGUCGAAUAACCAUGAGGUGGAUUCUAGCUCCGACUCUUAUGACAAGUACUUGUCUCGCCAAGCCACUGCCAUUUCUAGUAGCAGCUAUUCUGACUCAGGUGAUGGCACACGGUACCGCGACUUGGCAGACGAAGGGAAGUUCAGUCGGCAUCCAACGUCUUGGCUUUAUCAUCGCGUGGCCGUGGCGAGUUCAGAGCGUAAGCGCAGUUUAGGAACUUCGAACGGUACUACUGCUAUCAUGCGGGCAUCAAAGGGAAAAGGUGGCGACGAUCGUACAGGGUUUGCUCGAAUUUACUUUGAAAACAAUAAUUUUACAUCUUCAACAGUGUUUAAAUUACUCAGUAGCACAACAGUGCUCGAGGUAAGGCAGUCCAUGGCCGCAAAGAUUAAAAUUCCAGUGCACGAGUUUAUAAAUUACGCUGUUGUGGUCGUAUUUCCGACGGACAAUGCUGGAUCACUAUCGGCACGAACUUUAAGAGACGAAGAACUUAUUUUACCACUGGUGGAGCGCCUAAAUCGGGCGCGACCCGUGCAGACCGUGGAAGCAGAUGACACACCUGCAAAUACUAACGGUCCAAAACUCAAACAUCGGUCGAGGCCGCCUGUCAAAUUUGUAUUGAAGGAUGUUCGGGGCUCUCAUCUGGAUAUCAGUGAAAGCGCAGCGCCGUCUCGACGACAGCGGUCGAGAGAAAAGCAGUCGAUUAUUCCAGUUUUAUUAGGAAAGGGUGUACAUUCAGGAUAUCUUCAAAAGGCGAGCUCGAGAGAUUCAAGUCUUUGGAGAAAGCGGUGGUUUAUCAUAAAGGGAGACCAGCUUUAUUAUUGUAAAUCUCAUGUUAAUCAGCGAGAAGUCACUUCAAUUAGUCUGCUUGGUGCUGUUCUUGCCAAAGCCAAACCCGAAGUGCGCGUACCCUUUUCGUUUCAGCUCAAGACUCCUAGGCGGGACUAUGAGCUCUGCGCUAGUAGCAAGGACGAGAUGGUAGCUUGGAUUCACGCUUUACAUGUCCAAAUUGGCCUAUGCUCUGAGAAUCAUCGUUUGUAUGAAGCCGAAAUUUGGAUAACUGAAGACGCUGUGAAUCGAAGCGAGCAAGAAGCGUGUAUCCUGCCAGCAACAGAGCCUUCGUUGCUCGAGCGUGUGCUCUCCCGAGAAGAUACGCUCAAAUUAUUUCGUGACUUUGUUUCUACGACCCAAUUUCAAAACUUGCUUGACACGUGGAUUGAGUGCGAAUUGUUUCGCCGAAGUUGUUUAGCCCGCGAGAAUGGACUUGUAACAAUGUCAACUCAACGUACAGCGCAAGACGAAUGGGACCAUUUGAAAUCGAUUAUCCAGGCAAUUCAGUUGCUUAGCAUUGCACAUGCUAAUGACUUAAACGACCUGCUACAAUCGUUUGAGUCCGAGCAUAGUAAUCAUCAGCUCAGUACAGUUUCAAAUGGCGACGGCAAGGUUGACUUUCCGCAUACUAAUGUGAUUGUUCCCAUUCAGCAGAGACUAUUUAAGGCAAUUGAGGCCGGACCAUUUCAGCAGUUUCUUCUUCAGAACGGAUACCGACUUUUGCUGGAGCGUAUAAUUGGGGCCAUCGCAUAA